AGUGGGUUCAGUGCAUAUUCUAAAAAUAGAACACAGUUCCUGUUUUUUUGUUUAAUUUUACAGGUUUAAUAGUUCUUGAAACCAACAACUAAACAGAGACGGUGUUUGAUCUAAUAUUGAUGGCACAAAAGGGAACAGUUUGUGUAACAGGGGCAGGAGGUUACAUUGGUUCAUGGGUUGUCAAGACUCUUCUCUCUCGCGAUUAUGUUGUUCAUGGCACUGUCAGAGAUCCAGGUUCUGCCAAGUAUAGUCAUUUAACUAAGCUUGAAAAAGCAUCUGAGAACCUAAAACUUGUCAAGGCUGAUCUACUUGAUACCGAUUCUCUUCUUGUUGCUAUCAAAGGCUGUGAUGGAGUUUUCCAUGUCGCAAGUCCAGUUCCUGCCACUGAUGUGAAAGAUCCCCAGGUAGAAUUGCUUGAGCCAGCUGUUAAAGGUACACAGAAUGUUCUUAAGGCAUGUUCUGAGGUAAAGGUCAAGCGAGUAGUGCUUGUAUCAUCUGUGGCCGCUAUCGCCAUGAACCCCAGCUGGCCCAAGGAAAAACUAAUGGAUGAAACUUCAUGGUCCGACAAGGAAUUCUGCAAAAAUAUAAAGGACUUCUAUUCACUCUCCAAAACAGAGGCAGAGAGUGAAGCUUGGGAAUGUGCCAAAAAGAGUGGAAUUAAUCUUGUUGCUGUUAAUCCGAGUCUCGUGUGGGGGCCAUUACUUCAGAGCACAACGAAUGCCAGUAGCUUAAGCCUCAUUCGUCUUAUGAAAGAAGGGAAAAACAAAAUGGCAAACAAUAUGGGGUGGUAUGUAGAUGUACGCGAUGUUGCUGAUGCAUUAUUAUUGGCAUAUGAAAAGCCUGAAGCCGAAGGAAGAUACAUAUGCUCAGCUCACUCAUUCUAUAAACAGGAUUUAGUGGAGUUCGUGAAGAAACUUUAUCCGAACUACAAUUAUCCAAAGAGUUUUACUGCUGGAAAUGGAGUCGAUUUCAAGCCCACGACAGAGAAACUGCAGAAGCUGGGACUGAGUUUCAGACCGCUGGAAGAAACUAUUAAGGAUUCUGUUGACAGCUACAAACAGUCUGGCAGUCUAGAUUAAUUAGAAAGCUUAAGCUCAGGUUUUGCUCUUGAUAUUUCAUAAAUAAUAUCAACUUGGCAGCUACUCAUUUUAACCUGCACGUUUCAGGGGAUGAAGUUGUACUUUGAAUUGCUUCUCUUCAAUGAAUUGAGUAAUUUAUGUUCAAAAUCGAUACCGAAUGAAUUAAAAUGUUUUCAGUU